GCCAGACCUGGUCGCUGGCGACAUUGCAGGUUCGAUUGAGCCAUUGAUGCAGACCGUCUUUGCGAAGAAAAUGGGACUGCACGACCACAACCACUGCGACCCCCACCCCAGCGUCGACGCGCCUGCGCUGACUCAGGUCGGUGCUUUUACAAGGUCAGGCUCCUCUCCCACCUGUAAGGCUAUUGCCUGCUUUGCCUGCCAUGGGACUGCCCACCUUGUGGCGAUAAGCCAUGUUUCUCUCAGGCCUCGACAGCGAGCGUGGACAGUCUCCGCAACUCGAAGUAGUUUCCGUCCCGGCUUUGACAGUGCACAGCUCCACAUACCAAACGGACGCAUGCGGCAUAGGCCGACGUCCACCUGAUUUCUGUGUAGCCGCGGCCGCGGGGGCCACAAUGCUCCCAAUUCCUAAACG